AUGUCAGAAGAAAGAAUCUAUUCUUCUGGGAGAGAGCCCUACUUCAACUUGAACUCAACAUGGUAUGACCCAGCAGGAUCCUGGCUGGACAAUCGUCGUAAACCCUUCUGCUAUGUCGAAAAUACCGCUUGCGUGACUUGUUGCAACCCCAGGACCAAUGUCCCCCGAAGAGGUGGCCAUAAUUACCGAUGCUACUGUUACCGCCGUUCAACCUGUAGGCCAGGGGGGAACCCCAGAGUUAGAUGCUGUGUUCACAACCCUUCAGGAGGACCCCGAGAUUAUUGGGGGCGCCCAAUAGGAGAUGCAUGCAAUGGGUGUACUGGGGGAUACUAUUCGCAUGGAGACUGUGGAUCAUGCUGUGGAUCUUCAGGAGAAUGUGGGACUGGAGGAGGGCUAGUGGCUUGUGCUCAACCAUGUGUUUCAUCAGGAGGAGUGUGUGCUGAACCAGGGUGCAGACCUGCAGGGAGAGGAUGGGGCAGCGGAAGAGGAGUGUGUGCCGAGCCAGAGUGUUCAGCAUCAGGAUGUGGUAGUAGAAGGCGAGGGGUGUGCUCUGAGCCAUGUGCAAGAGCAUCAGGUGGAUGUUGA